AUGAUCCGGUUCGACAUCAUACUCUCAGUCAAAUCAUUGGAAGCAAGAGAAGCCGAAUACUACUUCCAAAUCCGAGCCCAAAUCGGAAUCGCUAAAACCCAAGGCACAAGGGGUCAUUAUGCUAGAGAUUGCGCAAACAAACGCGUGAUGGUUAUGCGAAAUGGAGAGUAUGAAACUGAAUCCGAAAGUGGAGAUGGACAAGAGAAUAGUCAUGAGUUUUCUUCGGACUCAGAUGACUAUGAGGAGCAGCCCGCUCCUAGAGGUGAUCUGUUGGUUGCAAGGCGUGCCUGGAAUUUGCAAACCAAAGUGGAGGCUAUCGAGCAACGAGAGAAUAUCUUUUACACUCGCGGGUUUAUUCAGGAGAAGCUUUGUAGUGUGAUAAUUGAUGGAGGAAGCUGUACCAAUGUAGCAAGUGAGUCGAUGGUUACAAAAUUGGGAUUGCUUACCACUCGGCAUCCUAAGCCAUACAAGCUCCAAUGGUUGAACGAUAGCGGAGAAACAAAGGUACAUCGACAAGUGAAGGUACCUUUCUCUAUUGGUGACUAUGAUGAUGAAGUGUUAUGCGACGUAGUACCCAUGCAAGCAGGGCAUUUGCUACUUGGGCGUCCAUGGCAAUUUGAUAGACGGGUCAAACAUGACGGUUACAUCAACCGAUAUUCAUUUGAAAACAAGGGCAAGCGGUUUCGAUUGUUACCUCUCACACCGAAAGAGGUAUACGAAGAUCAAGUUACACUACUCAAAAGAGAAAAAGCGUUGAAUACGAGUGACCAUGAGGUAGAUCACUUAAAACUUGGUGAGGUCUUGAGAAAACCCCAGAAAAAAGCCUGUGAGAGAAAUCCCGAGAGGACAAACACUCUUCUUUUCACGAGAGCUAGAGAGAUUAAGAAAGCUAUGCUUUCGAACCGGCCGAUGAUUUUACUCAUGUACAAGGAGGCCUUAUUUGCUAACGAACUAAUCUCUUCUUUGCCUAGUGGUGUUUGUAAGUUGUUACAGGAUUACGAGGAUGUCUUUCCGGAAGAGAUCCCGAAUGGUCUACCACCCUUGCGAGGAAUUGAGCACCAGAUUGACUUCGUACCCGGUGCUAGCCUUCCAAACAAACCAGCGUACCGCACUAACCCAGAUGAAACAAAGGAGCUUCAACGACAAGUGACUGAACUCCUGGAGAAAGGUUAUGUUCGGGAGAGCAUGUCGCCAUGUGCCGUACCGGUAAUUCUAGUUCCAAAGAAAGAUGGAACGUGGCGCAUGUGUGUUGAUUGUCGAGCAAUCAAUAACAUAACGGUGAAGUAUCGACACCCUAUACCUCGUCUUGAUGAUAUGCUAGAUGAAUUGUAUGGUUCUACUGUGUUUUCAAAGAUAGAUGUGAAGAGUGGAUACCAUCAAAUUCGUAUGCAAGAGGGUGAUGAAUGGAAGACAGCGUUCAAAACGAAGCUAGGACUCUACGAGUGGUUGGUAAUGCCUUUUGGUUUAACUAACGCACCUAGCACUUUCAUGCGGCUUAUGAAUCAUGUUCUCAGAAAUCUCAUUGGAAAAUUCGUUGUUGUUUACUUUGACGAUAUCUUAGUUUACAGCAAGAGUUUAGGAGAACAUGUUGAACAUCUACGUUGUGUUCUUGACAUACUGCGAGGCGAGAAAUUAUACGCUAACCUUAAGAAAUGCACCUUUUGCACUGAUAAGGAUUUUAUCGGCUGUUUCGACGCACUCUAA